AAGCAAUAUAAUUAUGUACCACCAUAUAACAAAGCGCAUUCUAUUGCAAAGUUAUGGAUUCUGUUCAAGAGGAGCCACCCAAAAAAAUUAUCAAGACCGAACCAAAUGAAGAUCAAAUAAAAGCAAAACCUGAAAAAAUCAAAGAAGAGAAUAAAAAGAAAGAUGUUGAUGUUAGAGAAGAAAUAUCUCCAACAAGGGACGUAGAGGCUGAAUGUGAUGGAUUUGCGCCAGCAUCCGACGUGGUUGUGGAUAAAAUUGAUUCACUGAAAACUUUAGGACCAUUUAUUGCGGCGCGAGAUAAUUCCCAAAACAUUGUUUAUUUCCAGGACCUGCCCGAUAUUUGCAAGACUGAACCAUGUAUGGUGGGUAUAGACGAAGCUGGACGUGGUCCAGUUCUCGGUCCAAUGGUUUAUGGUAUGGCAUUCUGCCCAUUGAAUAGAAAGCAAGUAUUAAUCGAUUUAGGAUGUGCUGACUCCAAACAGUUAACAGAAGAAAAACGUGAGUUUAUAUUUAAUGAUUUGAAUACUUCAAAAGCAGCACGGAAUUGUGUUGGUUGGUCUGUAGAAUUGAUUUCACCUAAUAUUAUUAGCACUAGCAUGCUGCGACGCUCAAAAUGUUCACUCAAUGAAGUAUCUAUGACAUCAGCGAUUGAACUUAUUAAACGUGCAAUUGAGGAAGGAGUGAAUAUUGCAGAGGUGUAUGUGGAUACUGUUGGCCCCCCAGAAAAAUAUCAAGAAAAAUUGAAAGGAAUAUUUCCACAAUUUAAAAUUACUGUCGCUAAAAAGGCAGAUUCUACUUAUCCAAUUGUCUCAGCCGCUAGUAUUUGCGCUAAAGUCACUCGCGACACCGCUUUAAAAGUAUGGAAGUUUCCCGAAGGAAUCAAGUUGAGUUCUGCCAAAUUUGGUAGUGGCUAUCCAGGUGAUCCAGUCACUAAACGUUUUCUCAGUGAGAAUUUGGACAUGGUGUUCGGUUUCCCAAGACUUGUACGUUUCAGCUGGUCAACGGCAGAGAACGCUCUGGCAAAUAAAGUAUUUGAAAUGGAAUUCGAUGAGCCAGAUGAUCAAAAACCGAAAUAUGCUGGGCCUAAGUUAACUCAGUUUUUCAAAGGAGCGACAAAACAUGGUGAUGUGCAACGUAAACCCUGUCGAUUUUUUAAGGAACGUUUUCUAGAUAAUGUUACAGAUUUCUAAUAAGUCAGAUUGUAAAGUACUAUUUGAUGAAAACUAUGUAACCUGUAAUAAACUUUUAGUUGUAAUAGAAAUAAAAUAU